AUGCAACCGCCGAGGCCGAAAUUGCGCACGGUGAGUCACAUCCCUCUCGUCGCCUGGCCACAUCCCUCUCGUCGCCUCGCCACAUCCCUCUCGUCGCCUCGUCACAUCCCUCUCGUCGCCUCGCCAGAUCCCUCUCGUCGCCUCGCCACAUCCCUCUCAUCUCCCCGUCGUUCGAUCCCUUCCGUCGCCGCAUCCCUUACGUCGCCGCAUCCCUUCCGUCGCCGCAUCCCUUCCGUCGCCGCAUCCCUUCCGUCGCCGCAUCCCUUCCGUCGCCGCAUCCCUUCCGUCACCGCAUCCCUUCCGUCGCCGCAUCCCUUCCGUCGCCGCAUCCUAUCAGUCGCCGCAUCCCUUCCGUCGUCGCAUCCUUUCAUCACUACCACUCUCUCGUCUCUCCCUCUCUCCCGUUGUUCGAUCCCUCCCCUCAGUGAUCUUUGCCGUCUCCCUCCUCCUCGCUUACCUCCCUCCUUCCCCUCAGAUAACACCUCCUCCACCAGUACCUUCUUCCUGCCAGUCGCCCUAAUUUCCCUUGCCGGUCGCCCUGCUUUCCCCUACCCUCGGCCUUCGCUUCCCCUCUCGUCGUCAUCUGCGUCGCACACGCGCCCCCUGCGUCGCCCUCGCUUCGCCUCCCCGUCGCCCCUCGCUUCUAAUUCCAUCGCCUUCCCCGUCCUCCUCGCUUCCCCUGCCCGUCUUCCUUGUUUCCCCUGCCCGUCUUCCUUGUUUCCCCUGCCCGUCUUCCUUGCUUCCCCUGCCCGUCUUCCUUGCUUCCCCUGCCCGUCUUCCUUUUGUCCACUUCCUGUCGCCCUACUUUCCCCUACCCCGAAUUUUCCACCUCAUUCCCCUACUUUCCUUCCUCGAGGCCCCGACUUACCCCGCUGCCUCUCCCCACUUACCUCUCUUCAUCUCCUGAUUUCCCCCCCACAGUCCCCCCACCUACCUGCACCUCUUAGCUAA